AUGGAGGUAAAUUGUUUAACACUAAAAGACCUGAUCAACCCCAGACUAGAUUUUGCAAUUGAAGACGGGGAAAAUGCCCAAAAGGAAAAUAUAUUUGUUGAUCGCUCAAGGAUGGCCCCAAAGACGCCAAUAAAAAAUGAACCAAUUGACUUAUCGAAACAAAAAAUCUUCACUCCAGAAAGAAAUCCCAUCACUCCAGUUAAGCUUGUCGACAGACAGCAAGCAGAACCAUGGACACCCACCGCUAACCUGAAGAUGCUCAUUAGUGCUGCCAGCCCAGACAUAAGAGACCGAGAGAAGAAAAAAGGACUGUUCAGGCCCAUUGAGAACAAGGAUGAUGCAUUUACAGACUGUCUGCAGCUUGAUGUUGUUGGGGACAGUGCUGUGGACGAAUUUGAAAAGCAAAGGCCAAGCAGAAAACAGAAAAGUUUAGGACUCCUGUGCCAGAAGUUUCUAGCCCGCUAUCCAAGUUAUCCACUGUCAACUGAGAAAACUACCAUCUCCCUAGAUGAAGUUGCUGUCAGUCUCGGCGUUGAAAGGAGACGCAUCUACGACAUUGUGAAUGUGCUGGAGUCGCUGCAUCUGGUCAGCCGGGUGGCCAAGAAUCAGUACGGCUGGCACGGACGGCACAGCCUGCCGAAAACCCUGAGGAACCUCCAGAGGCUAGGAGAGGAGCAGAAAUACGAAGAGCAGAUGGCACACCUCCAACAGAAAGAGCUCGACCUGAUGGAUUAUAAAUUUGGGGAACGCAAAAGAGAUGGCUGUCCAGAUUCCCAGGAUCCACAGUUACUGGAUUUCUCUGAACCGGACUAUCCCUCUUCAUCUGCAAACAGUAGAAAAGAUAAGUCUCUGAGAAUUAUGAGCCAGAAAUUUGUCAUGCUGUUCCUGGUCUCCAAAACCAAGAUUGUUACUCUUGACGUGGCUGCCAAAAUACUGAUAGAAGAAAGCCAAGAUACGCCGGAUCACAGUAAAUUUAAAACAAAGGUACGACGCCUCUAUGACAUAGCCAAUGUUCUGACCAGCUUGGCACUGAUAAAGAAAGUGCAUGUAACAGAAGAGCGAGGCCGGAAACCCGCCUUCAAGUGGAUUGGGCCUGUGGAUUUCAGUUCCACUGAUGAGGAACUAGUGGAUGUUUCUGCAUCUGUCCUACCAGAAUUGAAAAGAGAAACAUACGGCCACAUUCAAUUAUGUGCAAAACAGAAGCUUGCUCGACAUGGCUCCUUUAACUCAGAUCAGGCUUCUGAGAGGAUCCAGAGGAAAGUGAACUCAGAACCCAGCAGCCCUUACAGAGAAAAACAAGGGUCAGGUGGCUACUCCUUAGAAAUCGGAAGUCUGGCAGCUGUCUACAGACAGAAAAUAGAAGACAAUUCACAGGCAGAAGCUUUUGCCAAUCAGAGAGCGAUACCUCCGUCAAGCAGCCUGGAGGCCGCUGCUCCUUUCCCCGGCCUCUCUGUUGACUCAGAAUACUGUGUUAAUGCCUUGGCCCACCCAGUACUUUCCGUGGCUCCAACGGACUUGCAGGCCUUCUCUGCCCAGAAUGGUCUGAACGGACAAGGAGGUGUCUCCCUCGCCUCUGCCGCCCUGGACGCGGAGAGCCUGAAGCCAGCUCUGCUGGCCGGCCAGCCCCUGAUGUACGUGCCCUCCACCUCGCUGUUCAUGCUGUGUGGGAGCCUGCAAGAGCCGCCGUCCCCGGGGUCAGGGUCAGAGAGGGACAGCAGGGGCUCGGAAGGCACAGCAGAGCGCUCAGCCACGCCCUCAGUUCAGAAGCGCCUAGGGGAGGAGAGGAAGCCCCAGGAGGAGGAAGAGCCGGCCACGAAGAGACAAAGCAGGGACUACGAAGACGGCCCCCUCUCCCUCGUCAUGCCCAAGAAACCCUCAGAUUCCACAGACAUUGCCUCUUCCAAGACCGUGGAUAAAAGGGGACCUGCACCCCAUGAAGACAUUCACAUGAAUGGACAACUUUCUGCUGCAAAGGAGGUUUCGGGGAAGGCUACAGCAGACUGCUUCAUUUCUUCUGAGUGGGGAAAUCCUUCUAGAAAUACAGAGAUAGAAAAGCCUUCGAAAGAAAAUGAAAGCACCAAAGAGCCCUCUUUGCUGCAGUAUCUUUACGUGCAGUCACCAGCAGGAUUAAAUGGUUUCAGUGUGCUCUUAUCUGGCAAUCAGACCCCCCGUGCUGUGGGACCGUCUUCAGGUCAGCUGCCGCCGCUCAGUGUUCCAUGCAUGGUCUUGCCAUCGCCGACGCUGGGCCCUUUUCCUGUUCUCUAUUCACCCACGAUGCCCGGGCCGGUGUCCUCUGCUUCCAGUGCUCUCCCAAGCACGGGACCUGUGAAUCUUGGCUUGCCUGGCCUUGGGUCAACAGCUCACCUUCUCAUCGGCCCUGCUGCCCUGGUUAAUCCAAAGUCAUCGACGCUCCCCUCCACAGAUGCUCAGCUUCAGGGUCCACACUCACUUAACCUGAGUCCGGUGAUGUCAAGAUCACACAGCAUCAUCCAGCCCGAGUCCCCCGUUUACGGAGGACAUCCAGCCUCUGUGGUAAAAUUACAACAGUCACCAGUUCCAGUGACCCCCAGGAGCAUCCGACGCACACAUCGAGAGACGUUUUUCAAGACGCCUGGCAGCCUCGGGGACCCUGUCCUUAGGAGAAGAGAAAGGAAUCAGUCACGAAACACCAGCUCAGCACAGAGGAGGCUCGAAAUCCCCAGCGGCGGGGCCGACUAACCUGACGCUUUGCCCAGCAGGGGUGAGAUGGAGGUGCCUGAAUUUCCCUGCGUUACAGGUCAUGUCCUAAUGGUGAACAGAAACUAGAACGCAAACCAUCUGGUCUUCAGCAUGCAUCCUUCCUCUCUCCUGCAUCCCCUGGUUCUAAUGUUAACUAUCCAUCUUCAGGAAGCAUCUAUUUUCCUGAAAGUAAUUGUUCCUAAUUGUGCAUUUCUUACCAGUUAGAGUCCAGACUCUGUUCGUGGUGUCACAGUGGAAGCACCAACUGACUGUUGUGGUUUUCAUUCAAGAAUCAUCUUGUUGCUGG